AAGAAAAAAAAGCCUACUUACAAAAAUAUUUUGUGCGGUCUUGUUUGUUGUGUAUGUUUUUCCAGUUUGAGAAUUUACGAACAGAGUUAUUUUAUUAGUAAAUAUGUCUGUUAAUAACAUUGAUUGUAUAUUUAGUAAGUUUCAAAACACCUUAGAUUCGGAACAGGAGCUACGCGAGGUUAUAAGAAACAUAUGCCGGGAAGGCGACCAUAUUUCGCGUGAAAUUAUGUCAAUUCUUCAGAUAAUCCAUCACGAUAGCGCGGGAAUUGGCAAAGCAUGUUUGAGGUCACGAGAGCUGUUCGCACAGGCAAAGGAGAAAUAUCAAGUGCUAAAAGAAACUGUGCCCCCCACAGGCUAUUACAAAUACCACGACCACUGGCGCGGCAUGACGCAGCGCUACAGCCACCUGGCGGCGCUCACAGUCUGGCUCGAGAAAGGGUUCCUCGUCUCGCACGAGACUGUCGCGCAGAUACUCGGCAUAAGCGCGGUGGAGCAGAAGGAGGGCUUCCACCUCGACAUCGAGGACUACCUCGUGGGACUACUGAUGCUGUGCUCGGAACUGUCGCGCUUGGCGGUGAAUGCCGUCACGCAAGGGGACCACAGCCGGCCGCUGCAGAUAUCCAAAUUCGUCAUGGAGCUCAACGCUGGCUUCAGACUAUUGAACCUGAAGAACGACCAUCUGCGCAAGCGUUUCGACGCUUUGAAAUACGACGUCAAGAAGAUCGAGGAGGUGGUGUACGACCUCAGCAUCCGCGGGCUACUGCCCCGGGUGGACCCCGAGGCCGAGGCCCCCUCUAGCGAUAACUGA